GGGAUACUGGAUGUAACAUUUAACUUCUUUCCGUAUUUUGUUUCGGUAUCAAAAGGGAAACAUGGCGGAUGAUAAUGAACAAUCUGCUGCAAAUGCUGUUGAAGAACCUUUGGAUUUAAUUCGUCUCAGUUUAGAUGAGCGGAUAUAUGUUAAAAUGAGAAAUGAAAGAGAACUAAGAGGACGACUUCAUGCUUAUGAUCAGCAUCUGAAUAUGGUUCUUGGAGAUGUAGAAGAAACAGUUACUACUAUUGAAAUUGAUGAAGAAACAUAUGAGGAAGUGUAUAGAACAACAAAAAGAACAGUUCCAAUGUUGUUUGUUCGAGGUGAUGGUGUGAUAUUGGUGUCCCCACCAAUCAGAGGAGGAAUGUAAUAAUUUUUGUUUAACAAAUGUGAAAUUAAUGUGCUAAAAAGACUGUACUUAUCUUUUUUUUUUUUUUUUUUUUUUUU